UAAAGGCAAACAAAAUCAGCUUAUGUUACAUUUCUAGUCUAUUCAUUGUUCGCAUAUACAAAUCUCACAGCCAAAAUGAACAAAUUCAUCGUUUUGUUUGCAUUUGCAGUUGCUAUUGGAACUACCCAUGCCGCAGCCGUAAGCAGCAGCAGCAGUUCUUCUUCAGAAGAAGUUGCUGAAUUAGCACAGUUAUUGUCCAAAAAAUUCAACACCACCAUCAUCCUCGAUAUUGUAAAAAUGGUUGAGAAAGCUGAGGAUAAGUGUCCAAAUAUUGAAGAAAAAAUUGAGGGUGUAGUCGACAAAGUCGAUCAAUGCAUGGACGAAAUUGAACUAGGAUCAGAUACUUUCUGCUCACUUGUCAAGAAUAACCUUGCAAAAUGCUCCAAACCACUCGUCGAUCUCAUCACUAGUUGCUUGCCAGACGAAUCCAAAGAUCUUCCACCAAUGGUACAAAAAAUUAUUACUGCUGUUGUAGAUGAAGCUUGCCAUACCACCGUUGAAGAACUAUUAGAAUUACUCAACCCAUGUAUCAUAGACAAGGAAUUCGUUUCCGUCCCAGCUUGCAGUGAAAUCAAAGAUGUUUUCGUCGCAAACAGAAACAAGCUCCCAUCGAAAUCCCUCGUUUGUUCCAUGUUACCAAAAGUGAAGACCUGCGUUAAAGGCCACGUAGAAGCUUCUUGUAAGAACCCAACUACUAAGAGAGCAACUCUGAAGUUCCACGAAGCAAUCGAUAAUGCUAUUAAAUCAGACUGUGAAGCUUUAAACAAAGUUUAAAUUUGAACAAUUAAAUAAAAAUCGAAAAUAAUUAAUGUUUAUAUGACUAAUACUGUAUUUUUGACAUAUGUACUAGAAUUCUCAUACAAUUUAAAAAUUGUAUGAGAAAAUGUUUGUAUAUUAUGUAAUAAUAAAAAUAUAAAUACAAGUUCUUGUUUUAUA